CUCUCGGGGGUUAACGAAAGUUUUCUUUUUUCCAUCCGGUGGAAAAAGGCGGAGGGAAGACUGACACAACACCUAUGACUCAGUGCUCACAAGCGAAUGUGAUCCAGAAUUGAUGAUUCUAGGUGCACGAUACAAAAACUUUGAAUCAAAAGCAGAAAACUUAAAGAAGAAUUCGAAAUGGGUUUGAUCGAAUUCGUGAAAUCAAUCAACUGGGAGCAGGAAGCAUACCCAAGUUAUGAGGAUUUCGCUGUUCUUCCUUUCUUUGCUCUCUUCUUGCCAUCCGUUCGAUUCUUACUCGAUAGAUUCGUGUUUGAGAAAGCAGCUAGACGAUUGAUUUUCGGAAAGAAACACCAGGUAUCAGAUGUCAAAACAAUUGAGGGAAGGAAAAAGAUUAGAAAAUUUAAGGAGUCAGCUUGGAAAUGUAUUUAUUUUCUUUCUGCAGAGCUUCUAGCUCUCUCUGUGACUUAUGAUGAGCCCUGGUUUACAAAUACUAGAUACUUUUGGGUGGGGCCAGGAAAUCAGGUCUGGCCUGAUCAAAAACUGAAGUUAAAAUUAAGGGGCCUCUACAUGUAUGCUGCUGGAUUUUAUACAUACUCCAUAUUUGCUUUAAUCUUUUGGGAAACAAGGCGUUCUGACUUUGGGGUGUCCAUGGGUCAUCACGUUGUAUCAGUCAUCCUCAUUGUGCUGUCUUACGUAUUUAGAUUUGCUCGCGUUGGUUCAGUAGUUUUAGCAAUUCACGAUGCUAACGAUGUAUUUUUGGAGGUUGGGAAGAUGUCCGUAUACAGUGGAGCUGAAACACUUGCUAGCUUGUCACUUAUUCUUUUCAUUAUAUCUUGGACCUUAUUGCGCCUCAUUUUCUACCCUUUUUGGAUCCUUUGGAGUACAAGCUACGAGGUUACUCUAUUGUUUGACAAGAAAAAGCACCCAGUGGAUGGACCAAUAUAUUAUUAUGUGUUCAAUACUCUUCUCUUCAGCUUGCUUGUUAUUAACAUUUAUUGGUGGGUCUUGAUAUAUCGAAUGCUUGUUAAACAAAUCCAAGCAGGAGGCAAAGUUAGUGAUGAUGUUAGAUCAGAUUCUGAAGGUGAGGAUGAACACGAAGAUUGAUCUGGGAAAAAUUACAGAAAAUACGAAUUCUAUGCAACUCAUGCAAAGAUGAAGAAGUACCAUGUUUUAAAGUUUAGACAUUUGAUGUUCUCUUUGGCUUGAAUUCCCUUGUAACUGAGGGAGUAGUAUAUUGUUUUGAUCAGAUACAGAAGCAAUUGCAAAAGGUUCCCAUUGAUGGAAGAGACAUUUAUUGAUUGAUCAAGUCUUAUUGCCAUGCAGCUCCCUAGAUUUGGUUUGAGUCUCCUGGUUCAACACGGAAUUGUUGGAAGAAAACACACUAACUUGAAAGAGCAAUACUUACAUCUCAUGAACACAAGCCUGCCACCAGUGGGAAGGCUAAUGAACUCAGUCUCUUCGUUAAACCUUAUGUAGAAUCUAAGCUCUAUGGCUCCAUUGUAGGCUUAUGUGUCCAUGGUGAGCAGGAUUUAUUCCAUAUGGAUUCUUAGCUUAAACUGCUAGUCAUGUUUUACAGUUGUUUUAGAGUUGAUUUCCUGUAAAUUUUACAUGUUAUUAAUUUUUGGUUGAUGGGGAUGCAGUAUUUCUUCAAUCAAAGUCCCUUUUUUUGGGAUUAAAGCUUAAAUAUUGUGCAAGAUCAGAUGCUACCCAAUAAUGAAAUGCCUUAUUUCUGUGGCUUGUAAAGAGCUGACAACUAAAGGAUAGAAUCAUGUAACUUAACAUCUCGGGAGCUCAAGAUGUGAGGAUCAAGUGUUCCAUGUAUUGGAUGGCAUAUAAAUUGUAGUUUGCAAA